AGUGUGUGUGUGUGUGUGUUUGUGUGUGUGUGUGUGUGUGUGUGUGUGUGUGUGUGUGUGUGUGUGUGUGUGUGUGUGUGACUGAACGACAAGAAAGCAUGCGCUUGGUCUGAGAGAUGGCAAAUUGAAUGGGCCCAGGUGAGGAGGAGACUCAGGAUUCUCCUCUUCCCCCUCCUCCUACUCCUCCUUUCCCUCCCUCGCUGUGACGUGGUGUCUAUGAGCGUUUGCUGUGUGUGUGGGUGAGAAAGCGAAACAGGUCAGCGGUGCCUCAGCAGACUGGGAACCUUCACAGGAGGAAGCAGCCCGCUGCAGACUCAGGACUUUACUGAGUGGGAUAGUCAAGAGAGGACUGCUUUAGUUACAAGCUCAUCUACAUCAGGUUAACACUUGAGUCAUCAUCUGCAAAACUCCACAGUCAAAUCUACUAGGUUCAGCGCCUGCAAGCUUCCAGUUACUAUGACCAAAACCAACCGCUGAACUUCUCAGAGACGCCCUUCAACAGAGGAGGAUGGGUGAUGGACCCGUGAAAUUCAGCAAACUCCCUCCUCUUCAUUCCAUCCUCUCAUGGAGCAUCCCAUCAAACCAAGGCCCUCCUGGAACAAUGCAUCUGCUUCCUCAUUCCAAACCUCUUUUUGGCCAAAUACCUCCAACUUAACUGGGCCAAUCAGCACUGCUGAGAAUAGGAUAGAUCUUAGUCAGAGCUUGGGGUUGUGUGCUAUGCUCGUCAUGGACGUUCUGGCCGUGGUGGGGAACUUGGCUGUGAUCGUUGUCAUUACUAAAACGCCUCAGCUGAGGAAGUUUGCCUUCGUGUUCCACCUCUGUCUAGUGGACCUGAUGGCGGCACUCCUCGUGAUGCCUCUGGGGAUGCUGUCAGACCGGAUCCUGGAGGACGAGGCCCUGUGUCGAAGUUACCUUUGCCUGAGUGUGUGUCUAGUGAGUGUUACCAUCCUCACCAUAUGUGCAAUCAACGUGGAGCGGUACUACUACAUUGUCUAUCCCAUGCGUCAUGAGGUGAAAAUGACGGUCGGGGUGGUGGUAGCGGUGCUAGUUGGGAUCUGGAUUAAAGCUCUCAUUAUGUCAAUGUUGCCCCUGCUAGGAUAUCUGCUCCAGGGGACCCCGACUGUGGGGACCCCUGAAGUCCUCAUUCCAAGUCAGAGACACUGCUCCCUCCACUGGACAGGAGGCAGGACCACAAGCCUAAUUUUUAUGGUUUCCUUUACUGUAAUCUAUUUUCUGUGCCCCAUGCUGAUCAUUUUGGUGGUCUACUACAAUAUGUUUAAGGUGGCCCGAGUGGCAUCCAUGCAUCGUGAACCCAACCGCACCUGGGUGGACACGUCAAGGCAACGAUCCGACUCUGUCAGCAGCCACUCCACCAUGGCAGCAAGUCUUGGAGGCCCCAGAGCACGUGCAACUCCUCAAAGGAUCUUCAGCGGCGGAAAGGCCGCAGCAGUUUUGGUGGCAGUCGGAGGUCAGUUCUUCUGCUGUUGGCUGCCAUAUUUCUCCUUUCACCUCUACUCAGCUGUCAUUUCCACCUCUCCGGCCUCGCUGACCCAACUGGAGGACGUGGUCACAUGGAUCGGCUAUUUCUGCUUCACCUCCAACCCCUUUUUCUACGGCUGCCUGAACCGACAGAUUCGAGAGGAGCUGGGCCGCCACCUGGCUUGUAUUUUCAAAGGGGCUGGGCCCACUGAGGGGGCGCAGCUGCCCAGCCGUGAAGCCUCCAUCGAAGAGAACUUUUUACAGUUCCUUCAGGGCACUGGAUGCAAUCUGGAGCCCUGCAACUCUCACAGCAGAGUCUGCCUGGAGGAAGCAGGAACUGAGGGUGCUCAGGAAUCAGCUGUUGAGCAAGACAUGCCAGCUGACUUCCACAUCCCAGGGCAGAUCCUUGAGGAAACCACAGAGUUCAUACAGCAGCAACGGCUGAACAAUGAGCUUUGUGUAUUGGAGAACUGCUGCAAGACUGUACCAGAGAUAUAGUUGCCUCAAAUGCUGUUUCUUCUACCACCUAAUAACACAAUGAACAUGUUUAGUCUUAUUCAUAGUAUUUCUUAUUUAUGCUGCAACAUUUUUUUUUUCAAGUGACAAAUCCAGCUGGCUGAAAAUGUGGUGUAGGGUUGGGCUUUGGGUUGGAGCCCUACCCUUUGAAGAAUUCCAGUUUUGUGUAUUGCUGACUGUCAUGUUACAUGUUAUGGUAGUCAUACUGUGUCAUGCUGUUUUUGCUCUGCGUCACAUGACAUUUUAUGUUUUGGUUACAGUUCAAGUGAAGUGACAAACCUUAUACAGUAUAAACAUGAAGAAGCUCUGAAACAUUGCAAGAGCAUAAAUCAGGGAAAGAACAGUUGUUAAGUGCUGGGGGGCAUCUUAAAUUUCUCUCCAGAAAUGUGUUUAUUUAUUAAGUGUUCAACAUCAAUCAGUAUCUUCCAUAUAAACAAAGUGACCUCAGUGAUAAUGGGGCUAAUGCACAAAGCAAAGCACUAUUUUCACUUCGAAAAUGUUGGAUUUUAAUAUGGAUUUAUUGUCCUUCAGGUAAUUUUAUUUAACGUCUGUGUUUUAAGAAUAAAAGAGAAGCCCUUUGACAAUUAGAUCCAAUUGACUCAGAGACAAAUUGCUAGCAAUGAUAUAAACCAGUGGUUCACAACCUUUUUUUAUAAUUUGGUAAAUAUUUUUUCUGGUAAAUAAUAAGUUUUUAAAGUAGCUCAACAGGGACUCAGAAAAUGAAUUGAAAAAAAGUCUAGUUCUAUUUUAUAGGUUAAAGGGUGAGGUGUAGCAAUGAGCUCCAUUUUUACUCAAAAGUGCAAUUCUUCAAGUUUGACCUGAAAAACGCAACCGUAUGGUCGAUUGGAAAUUGGAAAUGUGAGAGGGAAAGUUGGAGGUUUCUCAUCAACUCUGAACAUCAAAAUACAAUAUGGAUGCUUCCAUCUAAAACACAGUGAUAGACAUAACAAAAGAAAUAGUGCCAUACAGUCCCCUUUAAAGAACUUGUUUCACCAAAAUGUAAAGAUUGUCCUUAACAGUAGUUGAGUAGGCUAAUCAGUUAGCAAAUGCAACUGGUUUUCAAACUUCUAACAUGAUUCAGUUGGGUUUGAUGUCAUGCCUAGACCACAGUUCGGACUGUAAAUGGAGCACAACAUAAGUAGUCUGGUUGUCUCGUGUUCGCUGUCUUCUAGAACAUCACAGUCAGUUUUUUUUUUUAUCUUGCCAAUAACCGAUAGCAAAAUAUGUUCUGAGUACCGCUAAAUGCAGCCCAAGAACCACAAUUUGGGAGCCAUGGACUUAAACUAUUUAAUUAGGAAAAAUAACCAAUGUGAACAUAAUGUACAAAGAAAGAUAUUUUUUUACUUUUACUAAAGAUUUUAACUUAUUGUAGUGAAUCAUCCGUUUUCCUCUAUGAACUUAUUUGAUGUUUCACUUCAAACCACCAAGGCUUAAACGGAUGCAAUAUUCCAAAAGCUUUAAAUAAAAAUGAUGUGUCUAAGAAUUUAAACUUUUAUUGUGUUGAACAGGAUUGUUUCACAGCUUCUGCUGCAGCUGGUAUUUAUAAUAAACAGGCUUAGAGUGUAUUUUUAGCCAUUUUCCAAGAUGUUAUUAUCAUGUUUAUCUGUUCUUAGUCUUGUGAUUAUCACCUCCUCACCAAAAUGGGAGACUUGUGAUUUCAACCCUUUCCACUCAAAGACAAACAUUGUGGCUGGUUUAGUUUUUUUAGCAGCAGUAGCAGUACGACCGGGUUUUAGGCUCCAUCAGAAAACAGCAGCCACGCCAUGUUAGAAUAACUGCAGGAAUACGACACGGUGCUCAUUACACCCUGUGAUGUCUGCGCUGUUUACAGGUAAACACCAGAGUGGUGGGAGCGCUCUCAUGUUUGUGCAAUAAACAACCAGGCUUGUUGUGGCUACACACAGCACAGAGGUGUGACAACCCCUCACACACAUAUGGAAAGCUAGAAACACUUAUUGUUCCCAGGCAGAAAGCAAAACAGCUUGUACAAGUCACAUGAGUGGUGACCAACAUCCCAAAGACGACAGAUUCACAAAUCUCUUAAGUAAAGGCACAUUUUUUGCUGUUUUCAUCUAUUCAGGACUGCCUCGUACAGGAGAGUCAGCGUGAUCACAAGACUGUGAAAAUAAGGCAAGCAGCCACAACAAAAAAGGAUCUCUUUGUCAGGGCAACACCUAACACUUAAUUUUCUUGUUGUUUGACCUUGUUGCAGACCGUGUUCCGAGAACGUAUGACAUGUUUUUCAGUUUUAAAUGUUUUUUACAAAAAGAAAAAAAAGAAUGAAUCAGAACGGUGGUCUUCUAUCUUCCUCAGUUUGUGUAUUGUAAACAAGAUGAUUUAAAAUGCCAUGAUUUAUAACACCAGCGUCGUUAACAAUAGCAGCAAAACUGCCCUGACCGGUCUGAUAAAAUGCAUUAAAAUACAUGUAUGCCAACAUCUGUCACUUCCAAAGAUGGAGAAGCAACCUGCUGAACUGGUGGAAGGUGGAUAAUUAUGUACUUUUUAACUACAGUGUUGUCCUCUGUAUCAAACCAGGGAUGUGUUAAUUUUCCUGUGUGCAUCUCUUUUUGAACCUGAACUGAAAAGACUGUUAUUCCUCCUGUGUACUCUCCAUCUGCUGAACUCAUUAAAGAAUACAGCAAGGAUUUUAA